AUGAGCAUGAUGGCUGCGUAUUUGCGUGUACCCACAUCCACGCCCAUUACUCCGCAAUCUCCCACAGCUACGAGGACCAAAUGCAGAAAUCUGAAAACCUCUUGCUCCGUUAAUGCCGCCAAAAUUCCAAUGCCCCCUCUAAACCCUAAAGACCCCUUCCUCUCCAAGCUCGCUUCCAUCGCUGCCUCUUCCCCCGACACGCUCCUCAACACUCCCAAAAACUCCGACACCCCUCCUUUUCUCGACAUCUUCGACUCCCCCAAACUCAUGGCCACUCCCGCUCAAGUUGAAAGAUCUGUUUCAUACAACGAACACCGACCCAGAAGGCCACCGCCUGACCUGCCUUCGCUGCUUCUCCAUGGUAGAAUUGUUUACAUUGGCAUGCCUUUGGUGCCAGCUGUCACGGAGCUUGUUGUUGCAGAAUUGAUGUACUUGCAGUAUAUGGAUCCUAAAGAGCCGAUUUUUAUUUACAUAAAUUCCACUGGGACUACGCGAGAUGAUGGUGAAACGGUAGGCAUGGAGACUGAAGGUUUUGCCAUUUAUGAUGCAAUGAUGCAGUUGAAAAACGAGAUACACACAGUGGCUGUUGGAUCUGCUAUAGGUCAAGCCUGUUUGCUACUUUCAGCAGGGACUCCUGGUAAACGCUUUAUGAUGCCACAUGCUAAAGCCAUGAUUCAGCAGCCUCGUAUUCCUUCCUCUGGGUUGAUGCCUGCAAGUGAUGUUCUUAUUCGUGCAAAGGAGGUGAUAAUUAACAGGGACAAUCUGGUUAAACUACUUGCCAAACACACGGGAAAUUCAGAGGAAACAGUUGCUAAUGUGAUGAAGAGACCGUAUUAUAUGGAUGCAACAAGGGCAAAGGAAUUUGGGGUCAUUGACAGAAUUCUUUGGCGUGGCCAGGAAAAGGUUAUGGCAGAUGUUGCUUCUCCAGAUGACUGGGACAAGGGAGCUGGUAUCAAAAUUGUAGAUGGAUUCUAGUUCCUCUUUUGUGGAUACGUUUCUCUUUGUCAAUGUGACAUGUUUCGGUAGGAUUUUUUUUUUCAUGGUAUACCGGUCCAGAAAUGUUCCACAGCUAUCCACAGAAAACUAGAGCUGUCAACUGGGUUUCGGCCCGUGGGCCAGCCCGGUCCAGUGCGGGUUAGAGGUGGGUCGAGCUCAAUUUUUUUAAAAUAGCUAGUAACUCAAGUGGCAAUUCACAUUCAGAAAUAGAGUAAGUCCAAACAAUAGUAAAGCUCAAUAAAUAGAAUGAAGUUAAUGGUGAUGUUGAAAAAGAAGAGGAAUGACUCAUGUUUAAUUUCAAUAGUUUAAAAGUUUAUUUUUGAUGAUAUUUAAAUUUUAAUUAUCUUAAUGUUGAAUGUUUAUUUUGAAGACUUCAA